GAGAGCGGAGAAUGUGGCUCCAGGAGCACGAAGCAGCCAGAGAAUAUCUGCAACGCCUGAGUGCAAAGUUGACAGGAACAAGAAGGACGUUCUCAGAAACGUGCCAAAGGGUGCUCAGAGGGACGGCAAGCUCGGUGCCAAAUCCACACAGCACACUGGCCAUGCUGCUCAGCAGAAGUCUUCGAAUACAUCCCAGAGAGCGGCAGUGGUGCGUCCAGAGCAGCCGAGGAAGAGCACAAAGCUUUCCCAGGGGCUCGUGCCAAGCGUGAGCCGCUCUACACAGCCCAGAGGGAGGCUCCCAGCUUCAAACUCUGGCCACCCAAAUCCAGACAGGAACAAGAAGCCUGCACAGGAGACUGUCACUGCUGCAGCACAUCGGGCUGAAGGUGACCACCCCCCUCCGGAGGCACCUUGCUCCCUAAACGAGGGUCUGCAGGACAGGCUGGUCUGCAACAAAGAGAACAUCCGAGCACAGAUCUCUACAUGCCCUGUGCAGAACAGAGUUUUUAAGUCUGAUGGAAACAAUCUCGGGAACAGGAGAGUCUUGGCUCCUAGGCAAAGCUCAGCUGCGCUGUCGAGAACCGUGACAGGCCCAAAGGACAGAAUUAAUAGCCACCGGGCUAAGGAAGAGCUGGUUCAGGGUACAUUCAGCAAAACUCUGCCAGGCUCAAAGAGCACAUUUCAAAAACCAAGUGUCAGAACUCAGCCGCUGCAGCCCCCUCGGUCACUUACUGCUUCUGCUCGUGUGCUCCAUAAAAAACCAGGAGCAAACCAAGAGAAAUCCAAAACAGCAGGGGAACCCCCAGGAAAGCCACUCGGCACACUUCCAGCAGGAGGCCUCAAGCACCAUAGCAGACCCCCACAGCUGAAAAGAUCUCCCACAAAGCCUCUAGCCCCCAGCAGGCCCCAGGGAACCACGAACCUGAGCUCCAGCCUGAAACCGGGUGGCCCAGCGCAGUGGCAAAGGCCCGCAGCUCCGGGGGGGGCGGGCAGGAAGGACAUGAAGGCGAUGCCUCCCGGGCACACAGCAGCAUCCCGAGUGACAGCCCCCCCAAACCAGCCUUGCGGCACCCAUGGCUCCAAAACUCGACCAGCUGAGAAUGAUGGGAGAGAGAGGUUCAAACCAGAGCUGCCAAAGGCGAGCGUGCCACAGGCCAGGCGUGUUCCCAAGACCCCAUCAGCUGGGGAGCGCAGGAAACAGCUGGAGGAGUGGUUGGCAUCCAAAGGCAAAACGUACAAGCGGCCACCUAUGACGCUGCUUCAGAAAAACCCAGUGAAGCUGUCCUGGAGAAAUGUCAAGGAGAAGGAGAAGCCGGAGAAACCAGAGCAGCUCUGCCUGGAGAAGAUCCACAGUGUAUUGGCUGAAUGCCUGAAGCUCGCUGAGGAGGGUGUCCAGGCAGAGGAGCUGGCUGCAGUACUGUCCCGCGUGCCCCAGGCGGAGAAGUUUGCCAAGUUCUGGAUCUGCAAAGCGAAGCUGCUGGCCCGGAGCGGCACGUUCGACGUGACGGGGCUGUACAAGGCGGCGGUCUGCGCCGGAGCUGCGCCGCUGCAGGAGCUCAGAGAAGUUGUCCUUGAUAUUUUGAAGGCCGGAGACCAAACGUCAGAAGGGAAAAAGGCCGAGCAGCCUCUUCCUUGGGAGCCUACAACGCCUUGCCGGAGCCAGAGGGAGCACGUGGUGGCGACUCCCCGCCCGACAGGGAGGUCCCUGACCCGCCUCCCUGUCUCCAUCAAGCUGCAAGUCACGUCUGCAUCCAGGAGAAAGGAGUUUCUGGAAGGCCAGGAGCUGAAACUGGUGACGCCAGUGCGGCGCUCGCUGCGGAUAGAGCGAGUUGGGAGCCGCUACCCGGAGAUGCUGCAGGACCACGACCCUGUGGUGUCAUCCCUCAGCGAAAUCCUGGAUGCUGAGGAGGACGCGCAGUUCUUCUUCCGCAAAAACGAGGCUUUGCCAGAGGUGGCGGAGCUGGAGGGUUUGAGUUUGUAUCCCCCCGAGCGCUGCUGA